AUGGAGGUCGACCCGCCGCCCGCCGCGCCCGCUUCCGCCGAGCCGGGUUCGCCGCCCGCCGUCAACCCCGCACCCGUCGCCCCGCGCCGGAUCGGGCACUGGCAGGUGGACAAGCAGAUCGGCCGCGGGUCCUUCGCGGUCGUGUGGCGCGCGAGGCACGCCGAGACUGGCCAGCGCGUCGCGGUCAAGGAGAUCCGCCUGGACAAGCUCAACCGCAAGCUGCGCGAGUCCUUGGAGUCCGAGAUCCAGGUCCUGCAGCGCAGCAGGCACGGGAACAUCAUCCGACUCCACGACAUCAUCAAGGAGGAGAAGAGGAUCUUCCUCGUCCUCGAGUACUGCGCGGGUGGGGACGUGUCCGAGUUCAUCAAGAAACACGGGCGGGUGCGCGAGGACGUGGCGAGGCACUUCAUGCGGCAGAUGGCGUCCGGUCUCCGCGCCAUGCGCGCGCAGAACCUCAUACACAGGGAUCUCAAGCCCCAGAACCUGUUGCUGACCGUGGCGUCCCCGGAUGCGGAGCUCAAGAUUGCCGACUUUGGCUUUGCGCGGUACAUGCACCCGACGGGGAUGGCGGAGACGCUGUGCGGGUCUCCGCUGUACAUGGCGCCCGAGAUCUUGGGCUACCAGAAAUACGACGCCAAGGCUGACCUGUGGUCGGUCGGGACGAUCUUAUACGAGCUCCUGGUGGGGCGGCCGCCGUUCACCGGCAUGAACCCCAUGCAGCUGCUGCGGAACAUCGAACGUUCCGACGCGAAGAUUCCUUCCAAAGUCGCAAACGGACUGAGCCGAGAGUGCGUCUCCAUCCUCCGGGGUUUGCUCAGACGAAACCCC